CGGUUCGAUUCGGAACUAGGACAGUUGGACACUAUCCAUGACCACUUUCGUACUAAUUCCAAACAGCCCAUACCCGGUCUAACUAUCACCAGAAGAAUGAAGACGUUUGGAGGACAUUAUCACCUAUCCGCCACCGCUCUUGCCGGUGGGUCACGGCGGAAGUCACCGAGCCUUUCACCGUCCAAUACUAAUUCCAGUCUUUCUCCUGCGAGACUUCCCAAGCCGGAAAUCUCUAUUCCAUCGCUACCCGAGAAUCGCAUUGUUUUAGGUGUGGGAAGUACGUUGGUGGACUUCUUGGCUGCGGUGGCUUCUUAUCCUAAGCCUGAUGACAAAAUUAGGAGCACCAGCUUUGAGGUCCAAGGAGGUGGGAAUGCCGGGAAUGCUUUGACUUGUGCAGCUCGACUAGGACUCGAUCCUAGGAUUAUUUCUAAGGUUGCUAAUGAUUCACAAGGAAAAGGAAUAUUGGAUGAACUUGAUGAGGAUGGUGUCGACACAUCCUUUAUGGUGGUGUCUAACGGAGGCAAUUCACCAUUCACAUAUGUCAUUGUUGACAACCAAAUGAAAACUCGAACAUGCAUACAUACUCCGGGAAACCCGCCAAUGAUACCAGAAGAUCUGUCCCAAUCAAAUUUGAUGUCUGCAAUUGAUGGAGCUAGAGUUGUCUAUUUUGAUGGAAGAUUGCAUGAAACAGCUUUUGUUGUGGCAAAGGAGGCUAGUACUAGGAGGAUACCAAUUUUAAUUGAUGCAGAAAGGAUCAGGGAAGGGCUUGAUGGUCUUUUGAACUUUGCUAGUUAUGUUGUAUGCUCAGCAGAGUUUCCACAGUCUUUGCAGGCAUGGAGCAAUGCCCCUACUCUUCCAAGUGCACUUGUUUCCAUGCUAUUGAGAUUGCCAAAUCUAAAGUUUGUUGUUGUGACAUUGGGUGAAGAGGGUUGCAUUAUGCUAGAAACGGCUGAACCUGAGUCUGCCCAAUUUGAAGAAAUAGAUGUAGAUGACUUGUAUGAAAGAUUGAAGGAAAAGAAGGAUGUGAAUGUGACCAUACCUACAUGCAUCACAUCGCACCCAACAAAACUGCAAGCAAAGGGAAUAGGAACAAUGAGCGGAAAACUACUUGUAGGAACAGCUGAGAAGAUACCAUCUUCUGAGCUAGUCGAUACUACGGGUGCUGGAGAUGCAUUCAUUGGAGCAGUACUUUACUCAAUCUGUGCUGAUAUGCCGCCAGAGAAGAUGUUGACAUUUGCUGCUCAAGUGGCUGCUAUUGGUUGCAGAUCUUUGGGCGCCCGAGCCGGCCUCCCAUAUCAUGAUGACCCUCGCUUGGCACCUUUUUUUAAUUUAUAGCUCCCAUGAUAUUAUAAUAGUACGUAAAAAUAAGAGGGUUGCACUUUUUCUUGCAGUGUUAAAAAACUCUGUUAAAAUGAAGUGUUGAAAUAGAGUGAUCCAGAUAAUUAACUGCCCUGAUCUUUUUAUUGGGUUGGACAUUAUCAUGAUUCCGGAGUAGACCAAAACCUAUGGGAUAAAGGAACUUGAACUGCCACUGGC